AUGGAGCCCACAUCGAUCAUCGCAACAAUCAACUACUGGCGGCCGCCACCACCCGGCGAAGCCGAACAGCCCUUUGGCGUAACGACAGCAGGACAUCGACGCAGAAAGUACAAUCCUCAACCAACCAAGAUCUACAAUUUGCGGGGCCGUGAGCACGAGUUUGACUUGGACAAGAAUGGGUUCCAGUUCGUGACCGACUGCCCAAGCCGCGAGCGCCGCUGGGACGAUGAGGCUCGGAUGCGAGAACAUGUAUACCCUGAGAUCGAUGCCUUGUUGAAGAAAGUGACUGGCGCCACGCACUGCUACAGCAUGGGCCACGUGAUCCGCCGCUUCUCGAUCGCCGACGGCCUGGCCGCGCAGGAAGGCAAAGCCGAUAACGAAAUCGUCACGCUCACGACGCCAGCUACAGUCGCCAACGUCGCGUCUGCCGCUGUGGCUAACGCCCAUCCAGACCAAUCCUACAACGGCGCAAAAUACGUCCUCGACAACAUCAUCUCGACCUUACCAGACCGCGCCGUAGCCGCAGACCUCGCCGCUAAAGCCAAAGGCAACAAUCGCUGGGCUACAAUCAACGCCUGGCGGCCCCUCGGGCUCGUCACAAGGGAGCCGCUCGCAGUCUGUGAUGCCGCCAGCAUGGAAGAGUCUGAUCUCCGCGCAGCCCCUGUACAGCAUAACAAUCCCACAGUAGCCGAUGGCGACGCCAACCCACCUCAGUGCAAGGAUGAAAAGUGGCAGGUAGCUGCUAAUCCCCAGCAGAAAUGGUAUUGGCCGAAUGCGAUGACUGAAAGGGAGGUCUUGCUGGUAAAGUGCUUUGACUCUAGGAGGGAUGGGAGGGCAAGGCGGACGCCACAUAGUACGAUUCAGACGCUGGGUGAUUGUAGGCCGGUGAGGGAGAGGAUCGAGGUGAGGUGGUUGGUGUUUUGGGAGGGUGUGGAUGCAGAGGGGGGUGAUGAGGGGGUGAGGGGGUGA